CAAUGAUUUACCAGAAAGAUAGAGAUAAUGGUGGGGCAUGACAGUGACUCUCUGCAGGAAAAUCCAGUACCAUUUCAGAUAUGAGGCACAGGAGCAAGAAAAAAAAGACAAAUAUGGUAAUCUAACAAGUAGAUGAAUAAUCCUUACGGAUUUGGAUAGAAUCUUGCUUUACCAAAAAGGAAAAUAUGAAACCAUUUAUGGUAUAACUAUUGCUUUACAAGGAAAGAACAGCAUAUAUGGAAGUGGACGAGAAAAGGAAACUGCAUAUAUGGUAGUUGAGCCAAAAAGGAAACUGCAAAUAUGGAAGUUGUGUGCUGUUUGCACCAAUAAAGGAAAACCAUGGACGUCACCCCUUACGUCACUCUAGUGCAAUUUGUGCCUCCAAAGACCUAUAUAUACUUGUUCAUCUUGCCAAUGUUUUCACCAAAUUCACCUUUCCUAUCUCCACUGUGUAACUUACCCUUACCAUGAAAAUUAUCCCUUAUGCGUCUCCUAGACUAGAUCCACCAGAUAUAGUGAUUCCUCUAGUUAAGCAAUGUGAUUUAGGAUACCUCUAUGGUAUUCAAUAUAUCACAAUGCUCUUGAAGAUUAGCAACACAUCGGAUUAGUGAUUUACCAGAAUAGUAUGUGAAGAGGAUCUUUUGCUCAUCCUGAGACCGAGACGACAAAGAAUGAGCUUAAGAUCAACCAUUAUCCUUUGUUUUUUCUUCUUUGCUGUCAACUUUUGGGAGCUAGUUGUCUUAUUGAGAU